AUGGGGAAUAGCACUGCAGUCAGACAACUUAGACGAGCAUCUACUGCUAGUGCUAGUAGUAGCGACUCUUCUGACAGCUUGCAAGACGAUCCACAAAUAAUGCAACAGAUGAGUGAUGUUGGUGAUGGUGAUGGUGAUGUCACCUCUGCUUCGCCGACAAUAAGUCCUAGGCGGAGCGCUCGAAAGAAGCAGGCACCCCGACGGUUACUGAACCAAGCUUUGGUGGGUGACAAAGUUAUCGAAUCUAAAUUCGAUGAAUGCUGUGGUCUUGACCAACCCGGAAGGAACGUCGUCUUGGAUGAAGAAUUCAUUGCUCAAAGGGAAGAAGAAGAAAACGGAAAUGAAAUAUUCAGGUACUUCUUGAAGCCUGCUGGCUGGAAGUGCAGCAUAAGCAACAAGCUGGAUUCUAGUUAUAUUUACUUGGCGGAAGGGGAAACUACCAUGACGGCUGAAGAAGGUGUCACAAUGUUUCAUAGCUACAAGGACAUUUGGCGCAAAUGGAAGUCGGAUGCCGAGUUCAGAAAGAUCUUUCGAGGAGAUUACAGGCCUCCUCCCAGAGAGAAAAUAUUCCCACCUCGACGACUCGGGAGAGACCAUCCCGGCAAUCCUGGUUUAAGCAGUACUAGACGCCCAGACGCUGAAGCAGAGGUGUCGAAACCAAAAUCAAAUAGUACUUCUUAUGCUACUCCCAAGAGGCACUUGAAGCGUGGGCGCCCUCCGAGUAGCUCAAAGAAACUACCCGCUAAAAGACCCAAGUCAAAAUCUACAAAUGACGAUACGUUAUUUGCCUCACGGGCAGAAGGAAACAUUGGAUCCCAAACGUCUGAUUGCUCGUCGAUCGAUUCCAUGGAACUUGCAGCUGCAUUAGGGGGGUAUCGUGGGUCCCCAGGCUUGGCGCUGGGUGACACGACGAAAGCAGCACCAACAGCGCAUACUACUCCUACUGCUGCUGCUGCUGCUACUACUGCCGCUACUGCCAAACGGCCACGUGGACGGCCUCCGAAUAGCUCCAGCAAGGCAGCCGCCGAACAAUCCAAAUCGAAUUCAAGAGAUGAUGAUUUGUCGUCUCAAUCGUCAAAGGCAGAAGGAAACUUAGAAGCAACAGUAUCAGAUUGCCCGUCGAUCGAUUCUAUGGAACUUGCAGCUGCUCUGGGCGGACAUGCACCUAACGAAGCGGCACCAGAAACUUCUGCCACUCCCAAAAAGAAACGUGGACGGCCUCCAAGUAGCUCAAAGAAACGAUCGAGCGCCAAGCAAUCCAAGUCAAAAUCUACGUCUGGUGAUAGGUCGGUUCCGCCACAGGCCGAAUCUCCAGCUAUAGGUGACGGCAUGAAGAAAGUAGCACCAAAAGCUGAUACCACCCCCAAAAGAAAGCACGGACGGCACAGCAGCUCCAAGAAACCACAAGCCAAACAAUCCAAAUCUACAGAUGGUUACACGUUGGUCGAAUCACAGCCAGAAUCACCAAAAGGUGAUGACAGCCCUUCCAUUGAGUCUAUGGGAGAUGCACAUGGUGUAGGGGGUCAUGAUGUACCCCCAGCACCAAUGGCAUCAGUUUCAGUUCCACAGAAGGAGCUUUCGGAACCAUCCCCAGCGGAACGAAAACGAUUUCUGAAGCUUCAAAACGAAAAGAUAAUGCUGGAGAUGGAACUCGAGAACGAGAGACUGAAACAGGAGCUUGCCAAGUGGCGCAAAGAAAAUGGGGGUAGCUGA